AUGCAUCUCACCACCGCCACCGCCGGCAUUGGCGCCACCGUCGCAACAAUCACUUGCGACGCGACGUUUUCCGAGAUCCAGUCGCUCGUCGCAUUCACCAGCGAGCACAGCAGCAUCUUGUAUCGCGGCAUCACAUAUCGCGGAUUCGCACGGUCUCACUGCUUCGUUUUCGGUCCCCGCGUCACCGCCAGCGAGGGGAAGGCGCGGGCCGUGGGGGGCGCAGUGGCGGAAGGCGCAGCGGCGGGGAGGGCGGCGGAGGAGACCGUGCUGGAGGUGCGGCGCGUGAGCUUCCAGCCGCACGGGUCUGACAGCUGGCUGCUCACUGACGUGUCGCUCUCGCUUCCUAAGAACAGGUCUCUCUCUCUCCCUCAGCUCUCCCCGCUCCUUCCCCCCUCCUCCCCUCUUCUCCUCCCCGCUUCUCCUCCCCGCUUCUCCUCCCCGCUUCUCCUCCCCGCUUCUCCUCCCCGCUUCUCCUCCCCGCUUCUCCUCCCCGCUCCUCCUCCCGCUUCUCCUCCCCGCUUCUCCUCCCCGCCCUCCCCGGUCCUCCCCGGUCCUUGCCGCCCUCCCCUCCCUUCCCGCCCUUCCCGCUUCUCCCCACCCACCCCGUUCUCCCGGCUCUCCCCCAUGCCAUGUGCAGCAGGAACGCUUUCCGUGGCACCAGCUGCUAUGGUAGGGGUGAAUGGUUGCACGUCUCUUCCAUGCUUCUCGCCUGCUUCUCGUUUCUCGUGCUUCUCUUCUCCCAUGCCUCUCCCAUGCCUCUCGCAUGCCUUGCCUGCAUCAAUCAACUUCUCCCCCUCUGCCAUUCCGACCCUGCCACCCGACCCUGCCACCCGACCCUGCCACCCGCCCCGGCAACCCGACCCUGCACGACAGCCUAGGGCUCAUCUUCGGCCGCAGUGGGGGCGGCAAGACCACUCUCCUGCAGCUCCUAUCAGAUGGGCGUUUCCCCCUUGUCAUGCUUCUUCUGCUGCCCCCUUCCGCUGCCCCUCCCUCUCUGUUCUUUCCCCGUCAUUACUCUUCCCCUCUCCCCCCACCCCACUUUCGUUUCGCCACUCCACCUGUCUCCUUCCUCCAUCACACUCGCCCUCUCUCCCCCCUGCUCCCCAGCUGCCCCUCUCUCUCAUUAACCCCAAAACUAUCCCCCUUCCCUCAUCCCCCCCUACCCGCCCCAUCCCCCGCAUCUCCCCCUCCCCAUAUCACCGCAUCCUCCCCCCCAGCUACUUUCCUCACAGACGGUGUGCUGGCAGAGCAGAGCUCACAUUCUGCUGGCAGAGCAGAGUUCACAUUCUGCUGGCCUUCACAACUACUUCCUCACGGAUAGUGUGUUGGCAGAGCUCACAUUCGGCUGGCCCUCUCGGGUGCAGGCAGGACUACUUCCUCACAGACAGUGUGCUGGCGGAGCUCACCUUUGGCUGGCCCUCACGAGUGGAGGACAUUCCUCUCCGCCAGGCGCUGGCUGCGCGUGUGCAGGCUGCACUCAUCGCGGCAGUGCACUUCAAUGUCAUGGGUCGAGGACAUUCCUCUACCCCUGGCGUUGGCUGCCCGCGUGCAGGCGGCGCUCAUUGCGGUGAGGAGUUGUGGGGUAGACUGAGGUGCAGUGAGGUGGAGUGCGGUGGGCUGGUAAGCAGGCGGUGCACUGCAGAGCCACGAGUGGAGGACAUUCCACUCCGAAAGGCCCUGGCUGCCCGCGUGCAGGCGGUGCUCAUUGCGGUGAGGGGGAGGAGUGAGGUGGGGAGGAGUGAGGUGGGGAGGAGUGAGGGGGGGAGGAGUGAGGUAGGGAGGAGUGAGGUGGGGAGGAGUGAGGUGGGGAGGAGUGAGGUGGGGUGGAGUGUGGUGGGGUGGAGGUGGGGUGGAGUGAGGUGCGGUUGGCUGGGUGGGGCUAAUGGGCGUGGCUCUGGACACCAACCCGCAUGCUCUCAGCUAGUCCCUCCCUCUGCAUCCUCCUCUCCCACACUCACCCUCCUUUCCACGUCCCUCAACCGCCCACUCCCCCUCUCCCCCCCACUUCCCAACACACAGGUGGGGCUAAUGGGAGUGGCGCUGGACACCAACCUGCGUGCUCUCAGUUCGUCCCUCCCUCAACGUCCUCCUCUCCCCCACUCACCCCCCUUCCCUCCUCCCUCCACCCACAUCAACACAGGUGGGGCUAAUGGGAGUGACCCUAGACACCAACCCGCGUGCGCUCAGUGGGGGCAACCAGCGCCGACUUGCCCUCGCUAUCCAACUCGUCAGUACACCCUCCUCUCCUCUCCGUUUCUCCCCACACCUGAGUAA